UGAGUUGUGCGUUGUAUUACGGAAGGUUGUGCGCAUGUUUAUUUAAAGCUUACUGACGUAUGUGUACAAUUGCGCGCGCAAUGAAUCAGGCACCAGUGUCGUGUAUUCCAGCCGGAAAGAUGUCAAAGGCAAAGAAGGUGCUCGAUGAGGCCCGCGAGAUCCAGAAUCCAGAGCUGGAUCUCGCGGAUAAGAGUAUCUCAACAUUCGAAGAGAUGCCAGGAUUGCUUAAUAUGAUUAAUAUCACUAGGUUGACUUUAAGUCAUAAUAAAAUUCAAGGUAAAUUUAUUAAAUUUUUCUAUAUUUAUAUUAUAAAUUAUAUUCUAUAUCUAAAUUAUUUUUUUUUUACAGCUGUACCACCAGGUCUUGCAAAUCUAGUCAAUUUGGAAAUAUUAAAUUUAUUUAAUAAUCAUAUUACUGAACUUCCAAUUUCAUUGUCGCAAAUGCCAAAGUUACGAAUUCUUAAUGUAGGAAUGAACAGAUUAGAUGUACUUCCACGUGGAUUUGGUGCAUUUCCAGUAUUAGAAGUUUUAGAUUUAACAUAUAAUAAUCUAAGUGAGAAGAAUUUACCUGGAAACUUUUUUAUGAUGGAAACCUUAAGAGCACUUUAUUUAGCUGAUAAUGAUUUUGAAUAUCUACCUCCUGAAAUUGGACAAUUAAAAAAUUUACAAAUUCUUGUACUAAGAGAAAAUGAUCUAGUCGAAUUACCAAAAGAAAUUGGAGAGUUAACACGAUUAAGAGAAUUACAUAUUCAAGGAAAUCGAUUGACAGUUCUACCUCCAGAAAUAGGAAAUUUGGAUUUAGUAAGUAAUAAAGCAGUAUUUAGAAUGGAAUUUAAUCCAUGGGUUACACCAAUUGGUGACCAAUUGCAAGUAGGCAUAUCUCAUGUUAUGGAUUACAUUCGUUCUGAAACAUAUAGAUAUGUAUAUAAUCGACACCAAAGUGCUAAAGGACCUCCACCACCAAUUGAAAACGACAAGAGUAAGAAAAUAUCCCGUGUUCGUUAAAACAGAACAGAAAAUGUUUAACUAACAUUUAAAGAAUAGAUUUGAACUAACAUAAUUUUUUUUAAUUUACUCACUGCCAAUAAUUUGUAACAUAUUUGCAAUCAAAAUGGUGCCUUAACAUAGAGAUACAUCUCUGAAUAAUAUAAAUUUAUUAUGCAUUUGAAUUUUUGAUCUAUAAUUAUGAUAUAUAUAUAACAUAUGUAAAUUAUAUAUUAUAUAAUGUAUUGUUAUAUGAUUUAAAUUUGACAAUUUAAUAUAUAAUAAGUACUAUUUUUAUAAUAAUUAAUCAAUUAUUAUAUAAUAAACUAUAUUUUAGAAUAA